GAUGCUGCCUGGUUCGAAGUGGCUGUCUCAGCAGCUGGGCCUGCUGGGAUUGGAGCCUAGAGUUUCCUCAGUCUUCCUCCUGAUAUUUCUGGCAUUUAGCACCUGGAUCCUGUGUAAAGGCCUGAUCCGUAUCCACCAAUUCCGUACCAACAGUCAAUGGCUUCGAUGCUUUCCUGAGCCCCCUGAACGGCACUGGCUCAAUGGCCAUGCAGGAGUGAUCAAACCCAGUGAAGAAGGCAUAAAGCGUAUUCUUCAACUUGUGGCCGUUUUCAGGGAGGUCUUUUUGAUGUGGGGUGGACCCUUCUUCCCAAUUGUUUUCAUCUGCCAUCCCGACUACAUCAAGCCUCUCAUAUCAGCUUCAGCCAGUGUUGCACCCAAGGACAAGCUUUUCUAUGGAUUCUUCGAGCCUUGGCUGGGGGAUGGGCUGCUUCUGAGUAAUGGGGACAAAUGGAGCCAGCACCGACGCCUGCUGACCCCGGCUUUUCACUUUGACAUCCUCAAGCCCUACGUAAAGUUCUUCAACCAAUCCACAGACAUCAUGCAUAUGAAAUGGCGGCAUCUGUGUGCUGGUGGCAAUGUCCGGCUAAAUGUAUUUGAGCACAUCAGCCUCAUGACCCUGGACAGCCUGCAGAAAUGUGUCUUCAGUCAUGACAGCCACUGUCAGGAGAAGCCAAGUUCCUACAUCUCUGCCAUUUUGGAGUUAAGUGCCCUUGUGUCAAGACGCAACAAUCAGCCACUCCUAUAUUGGGAUAGUCUAUACCACCUCACCAGCCAAGGGAGACGCUUCUCUAGGGCUUGCAACCUAGUGCACGUCUUCACAGAUGAUGUCAUCCAGAAUCGGCGUCGUGUCCUUGCUGAACAAGGCUCUGAGGCCUUCCUUAGGAAUAAGAGAAAAGGAAAGACCUUGGACUUCAUAGAUGUGCUACUACUGGCCAAGGAUGAAGAUGGGAACGCUCUAUCAGAUGAGGACAUUCGGGCAGAGGCUGACACCUUCAUGUUUGAAGGGCAUGAUACAACUGCAAGUGGCUUGUCUUGGGCCAUUUAUAACCUGUCUCAGCACCAGGAAUAUCAGGACCGCUGUCGUCAGGAAAUACAGGAACUGCUGAAGGGUCGUCAGCUAGAGGAGAUUGAAUGGGAUGACCUGUCCCAGAUGCCUUUCCUGACUAUGUGUAUCAAGGAGAGUCUGAGGAUGCACCCACCAGUUGUUGCUAUUGCUCGCCGAUGCACCAAGGACAUCAAACUACCUGAUGGGCGCAUUAUCCCCAAAGGGAACACUUGUCUGGUCAGCAUUUUUGGAACCCACCACAAUCCUACUGUGUGGCCCAACCCUGAGGUUUAUGACCCUUACCGUUUUGACCCUAAUAAUACACAGAUGUCACCUUUGGCAUUUAUGCCCUUCUCAGCUGGACCCAGGAACUGCAUUGGCCAGAACUUUGCCAUGGCUGAGCUGAAGGUUGCACUGGCUCUUACCCUACUGCGAUUCAGAAUCUUCCCUGAUGAACAUCCUCCCCGAAGGAAGCCAGAAGUGAUCCUCAGGACAGAGGAUGGGUUGUGGCUGAGGGUGGAGCCACUGCAGCAUCCUUCCAUCCCUGAGAUCCGCAUCCCAGAAACUGCCCAGGACUGAUGGAUGGGCAUUUCCUCAGCCUUGGACCCAGACAUGGAUGGAGACAGCCUGCCCCUUUAGUAACCUUUAUCUUGAUUGGGAGUCUUCUGAAUAAAAGCACUUUUACAUCUUGCAAA